UUUUGUCAGACGCAACACGACGUGUAUUUUCUCAAGAAUUUGGCCGUCAUUUUGUUAAUUUGUAUAUUUUGUCGGCGAUUUUAUGUGAUUACUCAUAAAAAAUGGCGAAACUAGUAGAUAUAUACAAUAGCGAAAAGGAACCUGUUAUAAAAAGACGACAAUUGCCGUUAACUAUUUAUGAAAAUCUAACAAUGAUUAUGGAUUUAAACACAAUGGGAUUGAUUUGUGACAAUCCACAAGUGAAAGGUCGUGAAUACGAAGAGUUUAUGCGAAAAUACAGAUUUCUAUCGAUAGAUGAAUUGAAAUCGGCUCUCAGAGUAGACGCCUCCGAUAUAUUCAAUGUGUUAAAUCAAAGCAUUCCUUGUGUUGGUUGUCGAAGAAGUGUGGAACGUCUAUUUUACCAGCUAUGCAAAUCAGGACACCCUACACUGGAUCCAUUAGUAUUGACGUUAGAUGAAAUAAUGACAAUCAGAGAAGACAAAAUUGUGCACCCACAGUCAUUAGCCACAUUGUUAAAUGGUCAUAACACGGGUAUAGAGUGUUUGAUUCUGAGCCAACCAAGAUGGAAGAAAUCACAGCGGUGUACAUUGCACUCGUUAGAGGCGGGCAGUGCUCGGGGUUGGGGUGCGGGAGGUGGAUGUGGAUGGGGAUGGGGCGCCUGGGGAUGGGGGGGGCGCGCGGCGUGGCGGGCCGCCUGGGACGCUAUGCGCGCGCCCGCACGAGACCAUGUUACCCUUGUGCACUUCAACACUUUACAUGACACCCUACACAACUAUCUAAGGAAACAUCGCUUCUGUACUGACUGCAAGACUAAGGUAUUACGCGCAUAUCAACUUCUAGUCGAAGAAAAAGAGCCACAAAAGGAGAAAGGUUAUGUAGGAGCAUUAUAUGGUGGUAUCAAGAGAUGCUUACUGGAUAAGCAUCUGCAUUUACAAGCAAAAACUGACUAUAUAGUGCAACUCAUAGCCAGAGCAGAGCCAGAAUUACUUGGGAACCACCGUGAGAGGCAUGCGAAAACUCUUGAAAUUGCACAAGAAGAGGUGCUAAUAUGUCUCGGUAUAUGCAUUUACGAGCGACUGCAACGCAUAUCCCUACGGUUGCGAGAAGAAGAAGGCACUUGUCAGACUCUCGCAGCAGUCGCUGUGGAGGCACUGUAUCGCAAAUUUGAGACUGCGGUGGAGCAAAAAAGCGGCGUCUCUAAACUACAACUCUUAUAUGAUGAAAUAACACAGGAAGAAUUAACUCGGCAGCAACGGAAGGAACAAAAAAAACUGAAGCGCCGCAAGAAGAAAGAGAGGCAAGCUGUGGAGAUCAAAUGCAAGGAGGCCGACUCUGAGGAACCAGAAGAAAAGUGCCAAUGUGAAGAAUGCUUAAUGGAAGAACGUGACACGCCGACAGAGCUGUUGUCCCCUCGCGAGUACCCUGCUUGUUGUGAGGCGGGCGACGGUUGCCGUUCCUGUGAGGAGGCGCCCGCCCCGCACCGUUCGCCCAACAAGAAGCGGAACAAAAACGGAAAACUUUCGCCCAACGAUCACUCCCAAGACUGUGGCUACUCGUCGGGGAACAACGGCGGCUGUUGCGAAACAAUAUCCGGCUCAUCUUCCCUUAUGAGUUCCCCUGAGGGCUCCGAGGUGGCUUGCUCCGAGGGAUUCUGCAAUCACGAGCGAGGAGACUGUUUAGAUACAAAAAAUGAGAAGUCGUGCACCGGAUUUACACUUUCUCUACAGGAAAUGUUGAUGGAUACAUGCUCAUCGGAAGACGAACAGGACACCAGUUAUAUUCCUAUAGAGGAGGUUUUAGAAUUUAGAUCUCGACGGAACAUAACAGAGAAGAGACAGGAACUGCGACAAAACCUCCGGCAGAAGUUCGCACAACUAUGUGUGAACCCACCUCGUGUACUGACACAGGAUAAAGAGUCUGCCUAACUGGUUAAACUGCACUCUAUAAAAAUAUUCAUAGUCAUUUUCUCCUGAAAUAACCUGGACAGACUGUAUGCCUCAAUAACCAGUCCAAUAUAUAACAACAGUUACAGUCCUCUGUUGGACGGCUACAAUAUCUUGCACUCUGUUGAUAUUGCUUCAUUGAUUUAGGAUGUGUCGUUGUCAAGUCUCACUUGUUAACAAAUAUUAC